ACAGCCAUUCCCCAACUAUCUCCGCCCCCAUGUCCGGCGAGCGCAGCCCCGACGGCAACUCCCCGUGGCGCGAUUCCGAUGCCAAUACUUGUUGCUGACAAGAUCCUUCAUCUACAAGGGCGAGCCCCCCCUCCCAACUUCCGGCCUGACUGCGAGAUCUGACGACUUCUCCAUCUCUCUCCGUCCGUCCGCGUCGCCAAUUCGAUUCGGCGGGGACCAGUAUGGGAGGGACUCCUCCUGUCGUCGAUUCCACCCCCGGCGAUGUGCUAUCCGGGGCUGCUAUGGCACCAUCCGGGUGGUCGGACCUCCCAAAUGAUCUCCUUCUCAGCAUCCUGCAACGCCUCGAGCUACCCCAAGCCCUUGCAUUUCAAGCUGUCUGCACGGCAUGGUUCUCGGCGGCCAAGGCUGCCGGCAUCCCACAUUCUCGCACUCCAUGGCUCGUGUCUUGGGCCAACUUCCUCGAGCAAAGGGAAUUCAAGGUGGAUUCUGGGAUGAACUGGGCUCCAGGAGCAGCAACCUGCAAGUUCCGCCACCUCCUUGACGUCGACAAGGUUUACAACGUUAAUUUUCCCAAGGGUUGCUUUGUUGCAUGUUGUGGAGCCUCCCACGGGUGGCUGGUUCUGGUAAAUGACCUUUCCAAUCUUGUUCUGUUCAACACGUCCACCUCGUGCAUCAUCCCUCUCCCGCCGAUCACUGAUUUCGCGUGCGUGACGGCUGUCUAUGACAAAGGAAACUUGCAGCAUUAUCUUUUUAGGAGAGACCAAGUAUAUCAUACAAAUUAUCUAGGAACAUGGUUUUAUCAGAAGGCUGUGUUGUCCUGCAGCCCGUCUAAUGGUGGUGACUACAUUGCGAUGAUCAUCCAUUGUGACAGUGAUUUGCUUUCUUUCGUUAAGGCAGGAGAAAGCAAGUGGCAAACUGCUUCAAUUCUAAAUGCGAGCAAGGAAGACCGGUACAUCGACUGUGCGUACCACAAUGGGAGGUUCUACAGCGUGACAUUGCACGGAACAGUGAUUAAGUGGGAUCUUGAUGCACCGGAUGGACCAACAAAGGAGGUGAUUGUUAAAUAUUAUAGCCACUCUGCACCUAUUCUUACUAGACACCUGGUAUCUACACCGUGGGGUGAUCUCUGGCAAGUCCGCAUGAUCUAUACAAGCGCAAAGAGUAGGUAUCCAGAUAAUGUCAAGUUCAAGAUUCGCAAGGUUGAUACUAAAGGUUGCAGAAAAGUAUCGAUGGAGGAGUUGAGAGAUCAUGCGAUUUUCAUUGGACUCAACCACUCGGCAUGUUUACCCACAGAGAAUCUCCGUGGUGUACAACCUCAAUUAAUCUAUUUCUCUGCUCCCUGGAUGACACAGGCAUUUCAUUUGUGCGGCCGAAUUUCCGACUGGGGAGGUGUAAGGGCUUAUGACCCCAAAACAAGGACUUUCAAGCGUGUUUUUCCCUUUGGAGGUAUGCGUGAUUCGUUGAGCAUCCUUUACCCUUCAGAGGUAUGGAUCACUCCGAAUAUGUGACAAAUAGGACCAGGUGUUUGUAAAAAAUUAAAUAUGGGGCCCUAUUCAGUUUUGUGGAUUCAUGUAAAACAUACAGUUUUGUGGAUUGUUCAAAGAUUUGUGAAGACUGGGUCGCAAAUUACAGUUCUUUGGGGUAGAUGUUUAUUUUUUAAA